AAAAUACUGUUCAAGUGAAUAGUUUAGACGCGACGCGACUACGCGUUGUCUAGGUGCUUUAAGUAAUAAAUCGCAAUAGUUAUUUAAUAAGUUAUAAAAUUAAUGGUUCAAUUCAAUUGGCAGGAUAUCAAUUUCAAACAUCAUUCCGUGCGAAUGCUUCUUCACAAUUCUAGAUAAUUCUAGAUAAUUCAAAACUCAACAAGUGAUAUAUUAAUACGUGUCUGUAAAUUAAAUAAACCUUUAAUUUAAUAUUAGUUGUUUUGAAAGACUAAGUUUUUAAGUGAUUCAGUUGUGUUACUAAUGGUUUAAGUAGUAUCCCUCAAUUAUUUUGAUUAUUAAAAAAAUAUCUUAAAAACAUGGAAAUUCGUCAAAGAAAGUUAAAAGAUGAUGUCCCCUCAACCCAAACUCAUAUUCGAAGCAGAGGUAUAAAACAGCCAAGGCGUCUGAAGAAAGUAUUCAUUCUUUUGAUUGUUUUGGCACUAGUCAUAACAUAUUUAUUGGGUCUGUUCGCCGGCCAAUCACAAUGGCUCGAUAGCAUCGCCAAGACCCUCGGCUACCAGAGCGAGUACCAUUACGCUGUGAUAAUCGACGCUGGUUCGUCGGGAAGUCGGGUACUCGCUUAUAAAUUCAGAGUUCCUUUUACAGUAUUCAGUCAAGCCAACCUAGACUUAGUUCAAGAGCACUUUGAGCAGUCCAAACCUGGGCUGUCAUCGUUUGCUGAUGAUCCAGCAAAGGGGGCAGAGACAAUAGUGCAAUUAAUAAAAAAGGCGGAAUACUUGAUACCGUUGGAGAAGAGGAAAUCGACCCCCCUCAUAGUACGAGCCACGGCCGGCCUGAGGCUGUUGCCUGCGGACCGCGCCGAGCAGCUCCUCGCACACGUCAAGAAGGCCAUUUCCGUUCUGGGCUACGAUGUUGGUCCGAACAGCGUGGACAUCAUGGACGGCGCGGACGAGGGCAUCUACAUAUGGUACACGGUCAACUUGCUGCAUAAUCUUAUCGAGGGCGAGACGAUGGCAGCCCUGGACCUGGGCGGCGGCUCCACGCAGAUCACGUUCCAGCUGGCGGAGGGCGAGCGGGCGCGCUACCCGCCGCGCGACCUGCACGUGGUGCCCGCGGGCAGCAACAUCACGCUCUACACGCACAGCUACCUGGGUCUGGGGCUGCUGGCGGCUCGCUACGGGGUCCUGCUGCAGGAGGCCGGGGGGAACGACACGGGAGAGUUCAGCUCCGUCUGCGUGGAGCCCAUCAUCAAGGACGAGCCCUGGGUCUACGCCAACAAGCAGUACCGCGUCAGCGGAGCGCCCCGCAAGCCGGGCACGAAGCGCAAGGCGGCGUUCGAGGCGUGCCUGGAGGCGGUGAAGCAGUACCUGGACGGCGCGCUGGGCGGCGGCGGCGCGCCGGGCCCGCGCGGCAGCCUGGCCGCCAUGAGCUUCUUCUACGACGUCGCCGCCGACGCCGGGAUCAUUGACGUGGCGCGCGGCGGCACGGGCAGCGUGGCGCAGUACUCGCGCGCGGCGCAGCGGGCGUGCUCGGCGCACAACGUGGAGCAGCCCUGGGCGUGCCUGGACCUGGUGUACGUGCUGGCGCUGCUGCACCACGCCUACAGGGUGCCGACCGAACAGCCAGUAUAUCUGUUCAAGAAAGUGAACGGCCACGAAGUAUCCUGGGCCCUCGGCUUGGCGUACUCCACGGUGAUGAACAGAAUAACUACAAAAUAACUUAGAUAUAUACAUGGUCACUGGGCAAAUAAGGAUUAACACCAAAAUAGUACAUGUUCAGUAUGAAAAGGUUAAUAAAAAAAAAAACUCAGGAAUCGGCCCGAGUUUAAAGGCCAAAUGAUGCUAUUGCAAUAAAUAAAGUUGAUGAUAAAAUUAAAACCAUGUAAUAUUUAGUUUAAAAAAAAUUCAAAGUGUUCUUACUGAACAUUUACUAUCUUGAUAUUAGCCCGAACGAUUAGCACGAUUUAAUAUUUGAAUAUUACAAAGAAAUAAUUUUAAUUUUUGACGCCACUGUCAUUUUUGUAGAGUCGAGAUUUUAAUAUCGUGACGUCAGAGUCAGCUGUUGUCUAUUGUCAUUCCAAUGGCUGUCGGUCUGGGGUCAAUGACCCCUUCCCUGUGUGACGCGUCGACCCGCCUAGUUACUCUUAAUUAAAGUCGUGGCUUCGUAAUGUAUAAAAUAUCCAUUCUGAAUAAGAUUUGCACACAAUCCGUUCUUUAGGAACUCGGACAUCUUAAUAGAAGGAAUUUAUUUAUAGGACAUACAGUUUCGAAGAUCUUGCGACGAUUAAGUAGUGUGUUCGGCUUAAAAAUUUAAUUACUGUGGCACUCAUAAAUUGUACUUUCAGUAUUCCGAGUAUACGUGAUGUUAUUAGUAUGAAAUCUAUGCGUUAUGCAAAUCUGUAAUUAGUUAAUUUUAAAUUUUGACAAACAUCACAAUAGAACCGUUUAUUUCGGAUUCAAAUUUUCGAACGCAAAUCGAAAUGGUGACGUCAUUUGUGGCCAAAAAAAAUGGACUUAUCAAGAAAUAACUAAAUGUAUCAUUACAUUUGAUUUAUGGAUAUAAAAUAUUAGAUUGACGAUU